ACUAAUCCCCUUUGUCUCAUCUCUCCAAACCAAGCUAUCAUUCAAGCUUCAAAGGAAUUGUGUUUUUUUUCUUCUCAUUUUUAUAUGAUAAAUAAAUAGUAUUUUGUAACGCCUAUUUCUUUCUUAUUUUCCAUAUGAAAUGAAAGAGAAGGCCACAGCAGAUUCGUGUCCUAGACUCUAGUGUGUAAGCAAGAAACUCCCCUUUCUCCCUCCCUCUCUCCGACUCUCUCUCUCCAAUAUAUCCAUUUCAAUCAAUUCCAAAGCCAGCAGUUCAUUUGCCGUCGAAGAACCAAAGCUCAAGCAUUAAUUCCUCAUCACUAAAUUAAGAAACCCAUUGAUUUUUAACACUUUCCUGAUAUGAAUUUGAUCACUCGAUAGAAAAACUUUCCUUCAUCAAAACCUACUUCCAUGAAAAUCAUAAACAAUCCUACCCUUUCCUUUAUAUCCAUCUUUGCUCUUUCAGUACUUCUCGCAAACACGUCCCAUGCAUCAACCCCCUCCCCCUGCAACCGGUCGUGCCCAGGCGUCGGGACCGACCCGAUCCAAUACCCAUUCGGAUUCUCACCCGGCUGCGAAAUCCGCCUCAAGUGCACCCCACACACCGGAAUCUUCAUCGGCGAAUUCCCCAUCCAAAUCAUAACCCCAGACAGCAUAAGAGUCACCCUCCAGAGCCGAUGCAAUCGUCCCUUGCACACCCUCAGCCAGCUCUACGGCCCCAGAUACGCCCCAACGUCCAGAAACGCCAUCCUCCUACAGAACUGUACCGACGGGCAACCCUCGAGCAGCUGUGAGAUACCCAACAUUCUGGUCAAGGCCCGGUUCGACGCGCCGCCCAAUUGCAGCUCCAACAGCAGUCUCAGCUGCUACGCGGAGACCGGAAAGGAUGUCCGGUUUUUGGAUUUUGAGAGCGUCAAGCACAGGGAUUGCAAGUUCUUGUUGUCGUCGAUAUCGGCGUCGCCGCCGCAGCUGUUGAAUAGCUCUGCGGCGCCACCGCUGUUUUUGGAGGUUGAGGUGGUGGAGUUGGGGUGGUGGCUUGAAGGAACUUGCGGGUGUCAUAAGAACGCCAAUUGUACCACUGUUGUGUCGCCCAAUGGGACCCAAGGAUUUACGUGCAAGUGUAAUAAUGGGCUUCUUGGAGAUGGAUAUGUGGCUGGCUCCGGUUGCUGGAAAGGGCCCAGAAAAACUGCGCUUGUGAUCCUUAACAUCAUGCCUACUCAAGUUGUUGUGGGGCCGGUCCAUCAUUGUGGAGGUCAACUUAAUCCAAUCAAUGAGCCCGAAGAAAGCGAGCAGUCAAGUUUUUCUUUUAUCAAG